AUGCCACUCUUUUUUCGAGGCAAACGUGCGAAAUCUCGGCACGACAAUUUGGUGGCGAUGUCGAACGAACCGUCUUCGGAAGUGUUGGAGUUGUCGGUCGCCGAGACGAAUCGGUUACGGGCUUCGUUAGGAUUGGCCCCGCUGCGUGGGGUCUCGGGCAUCCUCGCCGAGGCGUCUCCAGCUGCCGCAGAUACUACCACACACGCGAGUUCUAAAGAAGAAUUGGUCUUAUCGGUGGAGGCAACUAACGUUUUGCGGUCCCAAUUGGGUCUCGCGCCCUUGCGUGACACAGCGAAUGAAGUGACUCCCACGACACAACACAGUAGCCGUUUACGGCACGCUCCGGCCGAGAAUCAAGGAGAUCGCCAACAAGCAGCGGAACGGAUUGAGCAGGCUCGAUUGCGGAGACAAGUAGAACAGAACGUCGCACAAUUGUACGGUGAAGCAUCGUUGGCCGAAAACGCGACGAUCAACGCCCAGUCCUGGGCGCAAUCCUUCCGCGCGCGACCCACGGCGGAACCAGCGGCUCGGCAGCCCCCGUCGACGGAAUCCUCCUCCUCUACUGCACCGGCGGCGUACACCGCCCAAGACUUGCGGGGGCUGCGGGUAGCCCACGCAGUCCAGGAUUUUCAGGAUAACGCCACGACGGUCCUGACUUUGACCGAUUCUUCUUUGCUGACUCGGGACGAAGCGUCCGGCAAAGUGCUCGGAUUAACACACGAUCAAGAUGCUUCGGCUCUCGAAAACGUCGAUUUGGCGACAGCCCGGAUACAACAGGACGGAUUGCGUGAAAAGCGGAAAGUGGAAAUGGGCAUGGGCCGGGCCGGUGGCUACGCUGGCUACGACGAUGAUGAGUUUGAAGAAUUGGGCGGCACGCAGGGGCCAUCCCGCGCGGGACGACGACCGCAUCUCGAACGCGGCGAAGAGAAUGCUCGACCGUCCGAAGUAGCGAAAUCAAAUAGAGGCUUUUCUAUUGGGGCCGUGUUGGAUGAAUACGAUCGCAAAGAAGUGGCGUCGUCGGAUUUGUUUGCGAGCAAGCACCAGGCCAUUUCAUUGGAGCCCACUCGUGCCGACGUGACGGCCUCGGACUUUAUGACGGCAGAAGAAGAACGAGUACUCCGGGCGGCUAAAAAGGAAUCCACAAAGUUCAAAAAGAAAAAGAAGAAAUCCAAAACUAAAACGAGUCGAACAACAAAUACUGAUGAUGGCGAUGAAAGUGAAAAAAAUAGAGAAUCGUCACUUUUGGAUGAGUUGGAAGAAACAGCGGUGGAAGGUUCCUCAGGUGCAUUACAAUCUCGCAAGCGGCGUCGUCGACAACACGAUGAUACGGAGGAGAAUGAGGAUAAAGCACUGAAAGUCAAACCCGACAAGCCACCGUCGAUGCACGUAGACAACUCUUCCCACGAUGCGCCGUCUGCGGCGGAAAAGCGAGCCAAGUACGACGCCAUCAUGGCCAAGGGCAACGAGCGAACCAAGGCCGCAUUUGCGGUUCCUAAGAUCAAGACGGUUGACCUGGAUGAUGAACCGGACGAUGCAUUUUUAAAUGCAGCCUUGGCCAAAGCCCGUCGUCUGAACAGACUCAAAGAAAUGACCUCCAAGGCCGAGACUGUAUUAUCUCAUAAGGGAGCAGAUGCGGUGUUGCAAGCGCUUCAAUCUUCCAACAAGCCUGCUGACUCUUCUUUGACUACCGGUAGCACCAAUACUAUUUCCUUCUCAGUGGAUGACACGCGGGAAUUUACCCGGGCACUUCGUGCGCGAGACGAACAAGUGGAGCGGGAAUUAAGCAAACGCUACGUCAAAAGUGAAAGAGAGCAGGUGGUCAAGCAGGGUACGACUGUCCAACAGCCAACAGUGUCUACGGUCGACGGCGACCAGGAUGCUAUGGAUACAGGGGAUGUGGAUAUGCACGAGCUGGCGAAAGAAGUGAAAGAGGAUCACGUCACGGCUCUAGAGGGAACGACGGGAACUGAUGUUCCUGUAGGCCGUGGCUUAGCUGGAAUGCUAAAUAUUCUCAAGCAGAAUGGUGACAUGACUCGUAAAAAUGCCGGCAAAGAAGAGUUACGGGGCCGCGCCAAGGAUGAACGUAACUACGAGGAUUACGAACCACUCGAUUUGAAAAAGGUUGUCAAAAUCGAUGGCCGCAAGGCGAACGAUAAGGACAAGGAGUUUGCCAAACGCGAAGUCAAAUUGGAGUAUCGCGAUAAGCACGGUCGUCUGCUGACCCGCAAGGAAGCCUUUCGCGAUCUCAGUUACCAGUUUCAUGGUUACACAAGUGGAAAGCGCAAAGAAGAAAAGAAGCUGCAACAAAUAGCCAGGGAGCAAGCCGAAGUGGCAGUGGCCGCAAGACAAGCCGGUGAAGGUGGAACACUAGGGGCAUUGCGAGCCACACAAAAAGCCACGGGCAAAGCAUUUGUU